UGGCUCGAGCAUGAUCCACUCCCGCACGCAUGAUGCUCAUGCGGUGGUCAUAAGCCUUCACCGCGAGCCAGAACUUGCAUGUGGGAAGGAUGCAGCGCUUGACAUGUGCGGGGAGAAGCCUGAGGCUGGGCCCAGGAAGGGCGACAAGGAUACGCAGGGCUUGAUGGUCAUUGACCUGGCGCUGGAGCUGCAUCGGCGUGCCAAGGUCUUUGCGAUGGCGGGUGACACGAUAAGGGCGAAGGCGCUCGUAGAAAGUAGCAUCGACCAGCUGGUCACCGCCAAGGGCCUCAUGCCGCGGGGUCGGAUCCUCCAACUGCUGGAGUCCCUCCUGGAGGUCUGGCACACCGAAGGCAUCGUGCUGGCUGAGGACAGCGACAUCGUGUCAGACCUGGAGCGCUGCGUUUCAGAGGCACUUCGGAAGGUCGCAAAAGCUCCUGUAGUCGCCGCAGUGGCCGCCAAGCUUGUGCUUGGAGGUUGCGGCGCGACUCCCAGCACGGCUUCCGAGAGCACAUCCGCGCGAGGCGACUGCAUCGCGCUGGACCCAAGGAGCGGGGGCCUGCUGAAUGCCGCGGCCGCCGCGGCGAAUGCGCGCAUCGUCGACAUCGAUGAUGCCUGCAGUGGAGUCGACUGGGGAGAAGGUAGCAGCCACAUCAGCUCCCAUCAGCCCACGCCCUUGGCAUCGCCCCGCACCCGAAGUCCACCCUCCGAGUUGGAGGUGGCCACAGAGCCGGCACUUCACUUGCCCAACAGCGAGAUGCGCAUGGCCGAGUACAAAGCGCCGGAUGAGCCCCUGAUCGAAAAGACAGGAGGCACUUUAGAACUGGUCAACGGAGCGCUGCAAGGAAACACCGCCACCUCCGAGCUGCUUCUGCCGGCCAUGAAGGUAGCGGUGCCGGAGCCCGUGCCCAAGCCGCGCUGCCUGAGCUUUUGCGGCUGGAAGCCGCGCUAUCGAACCUCAGAGCCCUCCAAGACGCGGUGUCAGCUCCGCCUGGCCCGAGACUUCCACCGCGGGGACCUGCUGGGCGCGGGGAGCUACGGUUGUGUCUUUGCAGCGCGGCGAAAGACAACUGGUGAGAUUGUGGCUGUGAAGGAGAUGCUCUUGGACCGAAAUGGCAAGAGCAAGGAAGAGCGAAGCGAGCGGCUGGUGCGACUGACCAGAGAACUGAGACUCUGCGAGCAGCUGGAGCAUCCGUUCAUCGUGAGCUACUACGGCCACGAAUUUGUCAUGGGCGCCCAGGGCGGACCUGAGAAGCUGCAUCUCUUCUUGGAGUACUGUAGCGGCGGCAGCCUCGCAGCGCAGCUGCGCACCUAUGGGCCAGUGAGCGAAGAGCUUUUGAGGAAGUACACGCAGCAGCUCGUGAGCGGGCUGGUGUACCUUCACUCGCGCAAUCCCCCGGUAGUUCAUCGUGACCUGAAAUGCGCUAACGUGCUUUUGACACACAGUGGAGAUGUGAAGAUCGCAGAUUUCGGCUGCUCCAAGUGGGUACAGCCAGGGGAGGCCGUUCUGGAGAACUCCGUGGCCGGCUCGAUCUUUUGGAUGGCGCCAGAGCUUUUUCGAGGCCGUGGAAAGCUGACCACGUCCUCAGAUAUCUGGUCCUUGGGCUGCUGUGUCUUGGAGAUGGCCACGGGCCACGCUCCCUGGGCCGAGCGCAGGUUCGACAACAUCCUCCAGGCCUGCCACGUGAUCGCAAACAGCGAGGAGCUGCCGGCGAUUCCUGCGGAGCUGUCGCAGCAGGCCACCAACCUCAUCCGCAACUGUUUGAAGCGGAACGCGCCAGAACGGCCAACAGCAGCCGAGCUGAACAAGAGCAAAAUGCUGAGCACUUGAGUCAAGACGACCCAUUGGUGAAUCA